AUGAAGGAUGCCUUGCUAUUUCAUAAAACAAAGAAAACAAUAGAUGCAGUAUGUGCAUGCACAGGAAUUCUAGCUUGGGGCAGGGCAUUAGUGUGCAACUUAUAUAGAUUAGUAAAAAUAAUGGCACGCCAAAUUACGGAUGUUUUUUUUCUUCCAUUAAACAUGAAAAAAACCAAGUUAAGAGAAGUAGAGAAAUAUCACAUGCACUCAGAGGCCAUGCCAACAAUAAACAGCGAAAACGCGCACAUUUACUGCACGCGCCAGGAGAAUAUUGCAACAGAAAGCAAGCUUCUUAAAGAAACAGUUGUUGCAUACUACUUCAAAGGCGGAUUUAUCUUUAUUCCAAACCCACUAAGACAGGAGGUAAAGGGCAGAAUAGCAAAAGAGGUUCUUACUAAGCUUCUAUACCCACCGUACAGAAACAGCAUUGACAGAGCUCUUGAUCUGAGUGAUUUAGAUCUUUACAGUGCGUACUUGCAGAAGAGUGAAGUGUCUGUCAAAAUGUAUGAUAACCCUAUUGCUAAAAUUAAAAUAAAGCAGGACCCGUAUGCAACUCCAAGCGAAAAAGAGAGUUUUAUAAGCACGGGAAUAGUGAAGAUGAAUCCAGAAGAGUUAAUAAAAAAAAUAAGAUGGAGUAGCAUAGGGAUAUACUAUGACUGGGAAAUAAAGGCAUAUAACAGGGAAAUAGUGGCACAGAUUCCAGAGGUGAUAGAUCAGGCCUGCAAGGACAUAUCCAGGGAUAUCUGCAAAGUGAAUUUUAUACCAGAGACUGCGGUUAUAAACUACUACCAGAAAAAAGAUAGAAUCAUGAGCCACGUUGAUAGAUACGAGGAAGACAUGAGUAAGCCUCUGAUAUCAUUCAGCUUUGGCGCUUCGUGCGUGUUUGUGCUAGGGAAAAAAGAAAGAGAGGACUCGUCCGUAGACACUUUUCUCUUAGAGGAUGGAGACAUUGCGAUUCUGAUAGGUGAGUCAAGAGAGUACUUCCAUGGCGUGCCAAAAAUUCUAAACAGCAACAAAGGCCUGGAGGACUACAAGAAAGAGGAAUUUUUCAGCCUAAUUUCAGAAUCACGCAUUAACAUAAGUGUGCGGCAGGCAUAUAAAUACGAUUAA